AAAAAAAUGGGAUUCUUUUCAAAGCUAACUAAACAAGAUACUCCUCCUGCGUACUCACAGAGUCCAGCGGCAUCCCACACAAGUGAAAAGCAACAACAGUAUGCUCCUCCUCCACCCCCGUCAAGCCAACCUUUAAAUCCUGAUUCAAGACCAAUGCCUCAAGGUUGGGUGAGUCAAUUCGAUCCUUCAUCUGGAAAGUUCUUCUACGUCUAUGAGCCAACUGCUCAGCGACAAUGGGAGCACCCUAUCGACAAACCUCUCGGAGGACAAUCAAGUCCUUAUCAAGGACAAGCCUAUGGAGCACAAAAUAGAGGACAACAAGCCUAUGGUCAGCAGCAAUAUGGUCAGCAAGGAUAUGGCCAACCUCAGUAUGGACAAGCUUAUGGUCAGCAAGGAUAUGGUCAACAGCCUUAUGGUCACCCUCAGUAUGGACAGCCACAAUAUGUUCAGCAGCAGCAAGGCGGUCGCUUUGGCGGUGCUAGUGGUGGUGGAAUGGGCAUGGGAACUGGUCUUAUGGCAGGUGGUGCUGGUCUUCUCGGUGGUAUGAUGCUUGGUUCGGCCCUUUCCGACAUGGGACAGCCUGAUGUAACCAACAACUAUUAUGGCGAUUCCGGUGGUGGAGACUUUGGUGGUGGAGACUUUGGUGGUGGAGACUUUGGUGGAGACUUUUAAUAGGUUAUCUUGUAUAAAAUAUCUGUAAAAAAAAAGACAUUCUAGGUUUUGUUGUACAUAGUCUUUUAAUCAAAAUACAAUCCCUUUAAGCUAUUUUUU